AUGACAAUACCUAAGACGGUCAAGGAUAUCCAAAGCCUUACAGGGCGUGUUGCUGCCCUGACCAGAUUUAUCUCCAAGGCCACUGACCGCUGCGCCCCAUUCUUCAAGGCCCUUAAGGGCACUAAGCGAAACAUCACCUGGACUGCUGAGUGUGAGACAGCUUUCAGCGAGCUCAAGGAGUACAUGGGCCGAGCCCCUUUAUUGUCAACACCUGAGCACGGAGACAUCCUCGUGGUUUAUCUCUCCGUCUCAGCUUCGGCCGUUAGCUCAGUGCUCAUUCGAUCGAAGGACAACGCGGAGCACCCAGUGCAUUAUGUUAGUAAGGCAUUGCAAGAUGCAGUUCGAUACCCAGACAUCGAAAAAUUGGCGUUCGCCCUGGUGUUGCAGAAGCCAGAAACCUCUGGGAGACUGGUUAAAUGGGCUAUUGAACUUGGCGAGUUUGAUAUUCAUUACAAACCCCGCCCGGCUAUGAGGGGGCAGGCCGUUGCUGACUUCUUAUCUGAAUUCACGGAGCCCCAAGCUUCUGCAGCUACCCAGCUCAUAACCGAACCCAAUCCCUCUCCGAGCCAGGACCAAACCCCCACCAAAAACACUCUCGACCUAACCCAGCCCCUGUGGACCUUAUUCGUGGAUGGCUCUUCUAAUGCCCAGGGGUGUGGGGCCGGCCUCGUUCUCGUCUCCCCAGACAAGGUUGCCCUCGAGUACGCCCUCCGCUUCAAUUUUCAAGCCUCCAACAAUGAGGCCGAAUAUGAAGCACUCUUAGCUGGUCUUCGCCUAGCCAAAGAGAUGGACGCCAGGCAAAUUCAGAUCUUCAGCGAUUCACAACUCGUGGUCCACCAGGUCAACCAGGACUUCACGGCUAAGGAUGCCUCUAUGACGGCUUACCUCCAGCACGCUCGGCACUUGCUGGCAACCUUCCACGCCCACUCUAUCAAGCAAGUGCCGCGCUCAGAGAAUAGCCAUGCCGAUGCACUAGCCAGGUUGGCCUCAGCCUUGGAGCAAGGAAUGGGUCGCCACAUCCACAUCGAGUUUUUGGCCCAGCCCAGCACACAAGCCCCACUCAUCUGCACUAUUGAUCACAGCCCUACAUGGAUGGACCCCAUCCUCCAGUUCUUGCAGAACCAAACACUACCGGCUAACCCAGCCGAGGCACGACGCGUUCGCCAUCGCUCUGCCCGUUACCUGAUCAUUAACGGCUCCUUAUAUAAGCGGGGCUUCAGCCUUCCUUACCUCCGAUGCCUGACUCCAGAAGAGGGUCACUAUGUCCUCCGAGAAAUCCAUGAAGGCAUCUGCGGUAACCACUCGGGCGCACGCUCGCUAGCCCAUAAGGCAAUCCGCCAAGGAUACUUCUGGCCUUCACUCCACACGGACGCCCAGGCCUUCACCCAGAAAUGCGACAAGUGUCAGCGAUUUGCCAACAUCCCACAACUCCCGGCUGAACCGUUGACCGCCAUGGUCAGCCCUUGGCCAUUUGCCCAAUGGGGACUGGAUCUCAUUGGACCUAUGCCAGAGGGCAAGGGCCAGGUCAAAUAUGCAGUUGUGGCCGUUGACUACUUCACCAAGUGGGCUGAAGCCGAGGCCCUGGCCACUAUCACCGCGGCUCGCAUCGAAUCUUUUAUUCGUCUAUGCUUCGCCUCCCCAGCCCAUCCUCAGUCCAAUGGCCAGGUCGAAGCCGUGAACAAAAUUAUCAAGAAGACCCUCAAGACAAAACUUGACAAAGCCAAGGGCUGCUGGCCAGAACUACUCCUGGAAGUACUCUGGUCCUACCGCACCACCUUCCGCACAUCCACGGGUGAGACGCCAUUCUCCCUAUCAUUUGGAACCGAGGCCGUGGCUCCGGUAGAGAUUGGCCAGCCCACAUACCGAACGUCCACUUACGACGCCACGGCCAAUGACGAGCAGUUGGCACUCAACCUCGACUUCAUUGACGAGCUCCGGGACCAAUCGAGCAUGCGCAAUGUCGCGUACAAACAACGCAUCGCCAAAUACUACGACUCCCGAGUCAAGCCCCGUGCUUUCAAAAUGGGGGACUGGGUCAUGCGCAAGGUUUCCUUGGCUACCAAAAAUCCCAACGAAGGUACCCUCGGCCCUACAUGGGAAGGUCCUUACGAGAUUAUCAAAAUCUGCCGCCCCGGCACUUAUCAGCUUCGCGACUCAACAGGCAAGACGCUGCCUCACCCGUGGAACGCUGACCACCUCAAGUACUAUUACAAGUAA